AUGACAGAUAACGCGCUGCUUUCGCAGAUUCUGGCAGGCAUAUCAGAGUUGCGUCGCGAAGUUUCGCGCGUGAGUGACCGCCUCGACUCGCUCGACCGCGAGCCUGGCACGCCCACGUACCCUCUCUUCUCGCCCAGUGUGUCUCCUGGCAAGCGCCUCAGCUACGCGUCGUACCAGUCGUCGCUGAACAGCUGGGCACCUGAGAAUACACGCACGGUUGCGCCGCAGCCUGCGACGCUCCUACAAAAGCCGCCUGUGUCAUUGAAGGCGACGGACCCCUCGCUGGGUCUCUGGGUCGUGGUGCCUGCCGGUGGUGCGGGUACGCGGCUGUGGCCGCUUAGUCGUCAGAGCUGCCCCAAGUUCCUGCUCGACCUCACAGGUGGUGGCCGCACCCUCAUCCAGAAUACGUGGGACCGUCUGCUGCCCCUCUCAGGCGUAGACAAGUUUAUGGUCGUCACUGGCAAUGCACAUGUCGAUGCCGUCUCCGAGCAGCUGCCGCAGCUUGUCCCCUCUAACGUGUUUGCGGAGCCGUCUCCGAAGGAAUCAAUGGCCGCCAUCGGUCUUGCUGCGGCCGUGUUGCUGCGCCGCGAUCCCGAGGCUGUCCUUGGCUCAUUCGCGGCCGAUCACAUUGUGUCGGGACAGGAUGCGUUCCAGUCGGCGGUGCGUGAGGCCGUGGUGGUGGCUCGCGAGGGAUUCCUCGUCACGAUUGGCAUUGCGCCCUCAUACCCGUCGACGGGCUUUGGCUAUAUCAAGCUAGGCGACAACCUCGAGCUGAACGAUGCGCCGAACGCACACCGCGUGCUUGAGUUCAAGGAGAAGCCCGACGCGCGCACGGCCAGCGCCUACUUGUCUACUGGCGAGUACCGCUGGAACGGCGGUAUGUUUGUUGUUAAGGCGAAGACGCUUAUGUCACUGCUCGAGGCGAAUGUGCCCGAGCUGUACGCGGGUCUGAACACCAUCGCCGAUGCGUGGGACCAGCCGAGCCGCUCGAUUGUGCUCAAGGAGGUGUGGCCGACGCUCCCCAAGAUUGCGAUCGACCACGCCGUGGCGGAGCCUGCGUCGCGCGUCGGCAAAGUCGCGGUCGUUCCGGCUACGUUCGGCUGGGACGAUGUCGGUGACUUUGCAUCUCUCUCGGACCUCAUUCCCGCCGAGAAGAACGAAGCGCGUGUGCUUGGCGACCCCUCGCUCGUGGUGACCGAGGGCCAGGUCGGUGGCAUUGUUGUCCCUGCGUCGGGCCGCAAAAUCGCCUGCUUGGGUAUGGACGACGUGGUCGUGGUCGACACGCCGGAUGCGCUGCUCGUUACUACGCGUGCGCGCAGCCAGGACGUGAAGAAGAUCGUCGCCAAGUGCAAGAAGUCGAACCCUGAGCUGUGCUAG